AUAUAACUUAAUUUAUAUGUUCUCACGGAUAUUGUGUACAGUUGUCAGCCUUGACCGAGAACACAGUAUCACUACUUGUAACAUAUAAAAGUACUUUUCUCUUUUGGCAUCAGAAUUCGAAACAGACCAGAAGUCGGAUUAUUGGCUGGGUGAAAAUGGUGGACGUUUUAGUUAAAAAGUGGGUAUUUGCAAAGAAAUUUGAAGGUGAUGCGAGACAGGAAAAUUUUAAACUGAUCGAAGAAAAACUGGAAACAAACAUGAAAGAUGGUGAAAUGUUCACAGAGGCCGAGUUUAUUGCUGUAGAUCCAUAUCUAAGGGUAGAGCAACUUACAGAAGAGGGUCAUGAUACCAUUUUGGGAACACAAGUGGCAAAGGUAUUGGAGAGCAAAUCAAAAGCAUUCUCAGUCGGAAGUUACGUAAUGGGUGAGUUAGGAUGGCGCACGAACACAAUUUGUGACGAAAGUAAAGUAGAAAACCUUCCGGAAGUGGGUGACCUGCCUGUGUCGUCUGCUUUGGGUAUAUAUGGUAUGUCAGGCAUGACGGCAUACUUUGGCAUACACGACGUCCUUGACCCCAAAUCAGGAGAAGUUUUCUUUGUGUCGUCGGCUGCCGGAUCCGUUGGCAAUUUAGCCGGCCAGAUAGCAAAAAUAAAGGGAUGCAAGGUGAUUGGUUCCGCCGGAAGUCAGGAGAAAUGCGAUUGGCUAACAAAGGAACUAGGUUUUGACCACGUCUUCAAUUACAAAACAACAAAGUUGGAGGAUGCUGUUUCAGAGUUUUCUCCAAGCGGAAUCGACUGCUACUUUGAUAACGUUGGUGGUGAAUUCACAACUGCUAUGAUACGCCAUAUACGUCCAAAUGGACGUAUAUAUUGCUGUGGUUCCAUAAGCACGUACAACGACGAUGAGAACCAACCUAAAGGACCAUAUCCAUGGUAUUAUAUAUGUCAGCAAAAUAUCCGAAUUGAAGGAAAAGACGUGAGGAGUGUGAGAAAAGACAGAUAUAUACAAGCACAGCAGCAGAUGCUGCAAUGGGUGCAACAGGGAAAGCUGAAAUAUCGUGAACAUAUUACCACUGGCUUUGAAAAUAUUCCGACUGCAUUUUUGGAGUUAUUUCACGGUAAAACAAUCGGAAAAGCUGUGGUGAAGGUGUGAUUUCGUGCUAGACUCCAAAACCAAAUGUAGGAUAAAUGAAAAGACUAUGUACAACCGUGAUAUAAAUUCAUAUUUUUUCAUGUCAUGCUGUAAUUUGAAUUUAAGAGUUAGAAGCUUAUGCAGUUGUAUUUUUCUGUUUUCUAAAUACGCCCUGUUUUAAUUACAUUGUAAAUCUGCCAGUAAUGUUGAUUU